UUGUGUGCGUGUUGAAGAGGCGGGUUAAACUUAAAAAGAACAAGCCAGUAGCUGCAGAGGUCGCGGCUGCUCAGGCACCGUCAAAUCAACCUACUUCUUCUGCCCUUCUCGAAGUCGCUCAUGUUAUAGACCAAGCAGAAUCUAGCCAUGAAGUAGGACAUAGCACAAUGAAGAACGAGGACAGGAGGAGCCAAACCAAAGCUGCAGGAGCCGCAGGCGCAACUUCAUCAGAAAAGGAAACAAAACUUCGUGACGAUCAUGUUUCAUCUGAAGAUGAUUUUGACGAUGACGAGGACCUGAUGGGUGACGAUGACGAUUUCGAUGGCCUCGAUGAUCUAGAUCUUCAUGAGAUAGAACAGAGAGAGCGACAAAAGGCAGAAGCAGUAACACUAGCAGAGUCAUCUUCUUCAUCGACCUCGCAAGAGAGCGAAGCAGGAGGAGCUACUUCUGCUACAUCAGGAUCAAGUAGAAGAAGUACGGUAGUCGCGAAUCAUGUUCGUAAGUAUCUCCCCAGUGCGAGUCAAGAUCAAUUUCUGUACAUCAAUCCGAACGCAUUCAACGCCGACAGCGACUGUCGAGAUUCUGUCGAUUUCCGGGACGAGGGAGACCUUUCGUGCGCAGACUGGCGUGCUAAGUCCAAAGAUGAGACUUGUCACGAUGCCUAUCGUUAAGACUUCCCCGAAUCCAUCUCUAUAGGGAUCCCUCAACAGUAUGCAUCCCAAUACAUGGGAGACGGUAUCGGUAAGGCGUAUUCUUGCAGGAUCCCUACAGGGAUGAAUUAGGGGAGGCGCUAACAUCGCACGAUCAACGAGAACGACUUCCCCUUUCUCUUUCCCGACCCAGGUCCUUCUGUCGAUGAAGAGGAUGAGGCACCUGGAGAUGGUAGUGCGGAAGGGAGCGGCUCUGACGAGAAGUCAAGUCCUGGCGAUGCUCUAACAAAUGCAGCAGCCGCAGGAGGUAACAAGACAAGCGCGGAAAAGUUACCGAUUACCGAAAUAGACGGGAUCGAUGAUGGAGUAACUGAAAAAGAAACACGAAUAGAGAAUUCAAAUACAAAUACAUCUUUCUUGUUUUUUCAGCUUCCUCCAGCUGAUUCUGUGAUUAUCGCUUCUUCCGAUAAAAAAUCGUCCGGAGAUCAUACUUCAUCUUCUAGCGGCACAGCUUCUUCUUCUUCCAGUGCUGACGGAGCAGCAGGAGCUCCUGUUGAGGACAGAUUCACUUCCGGCAUAGUGGGCCGUUUGAACGUAGACCACCAGAAGAACAAGGAUGCAAAAACAGACGCACCCCUCAGUCGUAGUGACCACUUCCAACAAGUUUACCGAAAUUUCAUGCGGGAAAAAGGCGAACUGCGUGGUGACCGUGACUUCUCCCAUCUCCACGACAGUCUGUCACCGGCGCAUCAGAAGAGGGAGCGAGAAGAAUUGGAGUCCGCACAAAGCAAGUUGCUAAGCAGAAAGCGCAUGGGCAGGGCCACAUCCACGAGUUCCUCUUCCUCUGGACAGGGUGGUCGUGGACGAGAUGCGCCAGCGUCUCUGCGAAACUCCAUGAUGAGAGCGCGAAAAAUCCCGUAUUCGAAGUUCGGGAUUGAGCAGCUUUUGUGCAACUGCCCUAUCGCGUGUGGCAUAGGGCCUAAAGGGAAUUGUCGACGCGAGGGAUGCGUGAAGACGUGCAGCGUAGAUAGCACACCUCUGAUGGCGUUGAAGCAGCCGCGCGAGUACAACAAACCCUCACCGGGUCCUGCCUUUGAUGGUCCAGUCCACGCCAUUCCCGGCUUUUGCCCUGUUCUCAAUUAAGGGUUGAAGCAUUUCCCUUUUAAGUACAUGCUUUUCUCCAUCUUCAUCAGUGCUUUCUGAAAAAGAAAUGUAUUCACCCUUUAACUCAACGGUUUAGCAGCUGGCCGGAACUGCGUGCAUUCCUAUCAGUGCCUCAGCGGACGCUGCUGUCCGUUUCGUAAGAUGUGUGUACCCGUCUCAGAGGCAUCACCGGAAGAAGAGUCGCUAGCAGCAUUGGCGGAUAGUGCGACUGAGGCCGCAGGCGGUGGUGGGGAGAAAGCGGCGCAAGACGCACCUCCAGGUCCAGCAUCGCCUCAAGAAGCAGAUGCAACCGGAUUGCUCACCUCAGGCGCGCACAGCCUCGAAACACCCUAUAAACCUAGUAAAAGGCCUCUCUCGUCAACAUCGUCUGUCAGCAGCACUUCAACAAAGCUCCUGCAAAUCGAUGGCGUUGAUCAAGUAGAACAAGAGAAAAAGGCGAAAUCGACAAUAAAGGCUUUAACAUCUUCUUCUUCGGCAGCCGCAGCAGGAGGACCGCCACCGGCUGGUACGUCGAGCAAAAAUAAUUCGAAAGACAAAGAUGAGCCGAAGCCUCUUCCCGCUGUUGUGAAGGCCAUGAACACUGACACUCUGGCGAUCCGACUCGCCGCGCGUCCGCGGUGGUUGCUGCCCCUCGUCAAAUCGAAGUACUCAACACAAGACCCAGUGUGCGGCACACCCAAGCUAGAGUCCGAGGCAGAGUGGCGGCGAAACUGUGACGUCCCGAAUGACCCGAGUCUCAGCAAAUGUGUAGGAUACCACUCAUUCUCAUUGAGAACCCAAGUUAUCGAAGAAUGUCGUUUCACCUAAGUAAGAAGGGCCCAAAGAAGGGGAACGACAUUCCCCUAUCAACAUUCUCAAUGAGUGGAAGCAUUCAAAAUGCCGCUGCCGCAUGGGCUUUCUGCUCUCCUACUGGUCAGGCCACUGGACCAAGCAAGAGUGUGCUCAAGAACAACUAGCCAACGGGGAUCGGUAUAGCAGACAAAAAAUAACCCUUCCAAAUGCCACCAAUACUACUUAUGGUCAGCUUUUAUCCAUCCAUCUCAGCAUCUUGGUACCCGUUUCCCUUGCAUUUCAUGGGAAAGGGGUCGAGAUGAAGGGACCGAAAUGAAUAUUAUAUUAAGCCGACGCUAAACUACUGCGGCACCAAACGAGGAGAAAACAGAAUACGACUACGAAGACCUUCCGGAACCAGGUACCUUGCUUGCAGAAGCACAGCAGGAACCUAUGUCGACGUCGACUUCAGACGCUGAAGGAAACCACUCGUCAAUGUCGAUCGGAACAUCCUCGAAGAAAGAACACCAGUCUUCAAAUAAAGACAUCCAUUUUCUAGAUACUAUGAUCGAUGAGCAGACGCUUUACUCGCGAGGCGGUCCGUUGCCGGGUCCGCGGCGACGAUCAACGCUCUUCUCAGAGUUUAAACGUCGCCGUGACGGAAUGGACGCGAGGAGAAGACGCGCAGCCCUUGAACUCGCGGAGAAGCCAGAAGAUUUAUGACCACUGCACUAGAGUGUAUCUCCAUCUGUAUGUCAUUUAUGUGGACUAAGAUCCUCUUGGUCUUGUUUUUAGUGAGAACUUUGUACUUAGUCACCUGGUAUAGAUAUACAUAGUAUUGAUGAUGAAUUUAUUUAUUAGAUUCCCAUUGUUCGACUCACUGUAUCUGUAACAAGCGCAACCAAACACGAGAAGGAGGUCAGCAAAGUCAAACCUUCUCCUUCUCGAUUUCUAAAGCUAAGCCUAACGUAGGGGUAGGGUUAGGUUGCAACUUCACUUAGAAUUACAACUUAGAUGAAGUAGAAUGUUCUGUGAUAUUCAUAUUUUCGUUGGACGAGAAACAUAUUUGUAUUUAUAAUACUCGAACUCGGCCGGCGGGUGCAAGAAUAAGACAGAGCUCCUCUCUUGUUUAUUCAAAUCUGAAUCUUUCUCGCUCUGAGUCUCAGUCUCUAACAUUCAAAAAUAGGAAAACCGACGAGGACGCCAACGAGGAAUCUUCAAAGGCAGAUGAAACUACAAAGCAUAUGCCGCUCAGCUAUUUUCCAGCACGACAUCGAAAUUUUUGCACAUUUUUCAACGAACACCUUGGUGCGAUUGAUCUACGGCUGACGAUGAAAAUGCUGCUUCCGCAGGCAUUCAAGGCAGAUGACGCUUACACGGUGAUAGCAAUCGACACAGCGUUACGUAACGCUCUGAACGAAGUUCCUCGAGUGACAGGUUUAGUGGUGCCCAGGUUCAUGAAAAUGAUGCUGAUGCGAGUGGAGGCAACUACACCAGGCAAGCAGCACGACGUCGAGGACCAGGACAGCGUCAGCGAACAGGAUGAUCCUAAAGAGGAUGCUGGUAAAGAAAACGAAGCGUCUGCGUCUCAGUCAGAUGAAGAAGAAAAAGAAGAGGCACCGCAAGGAGUGGAGAAGGCGACGAUUGGGGAUCAGCACAAGAAUGCGGUAACCAGCCUCAGCAUGUUAAAGAGUAUUUUCACUCCUCGAAGAAGUUCUUCAGCGAGCUCCUUGUCCUCGAACGGACACAACGAGCAGGAUCAUGAUGAUGUAGUGCAUGCGAAUAGCCUCUUCAGAGAGAGACGCGCAUUGCUAGAAUCUUUAUCUACGAUUCUCGGUUCAAAUGGUCCUCGUCGAGGUGGUGGUAAAAAGAACUACCCUGGUGCUGCGCCUGAUGCAACAAGACUAGCCGCAGCUCUUUUGCAGAUGCCUGCUUCCAGAUCUUCACAAAAAGAUCGUCCAGACCAUGAUGUAGAAUUGCGCCAGCACGAGCAUCAGACGCACCACGACGGGCGCGCGAUUCGUGACCGACGAGCGUUGCUGUCAGCGGCACUUGCAGUCUCCAACUUCUUGCAGCUGGAAGCGAAAAGCGACCGCGAUUUUGUGGUCAAGACAACGGAAGACUUGGUACGCCAGAUGGCUAUGGAGCAAGAGAAAGAAGAUGCACAGGAGAGUGAAGAAGUGCAUGCUGUACGAAGCAGUGAAGAUAGUGAAGAGACGACAGGCAGAUUAAGGGUACUACAAGAAUAGAUCCAUCUUCGCCCGCAUGUUUUUGUUUGUCCCGUUUUCAAAGGGAAAACGGGGACCAAGAUGGAGGUGACUGAGAUGGUGAUGGAUUUAUUCAAGUUCUAAGCAGAGUAGCAACUUCUUCGAAUGUACACCAGAAAGCGCUGAGCCUCCUACAACGAGAAAAGAAUAUCGUUGAUGGUAUCUUGCAGAUGUUUGCGCCUAGUAGUCGUGGUGCACCGCCAUCGCAAGCGCAAGAAGACGUCGCAGGAACAACUAAGAAGAUGAAUGAAGCAGGCACAUCUUCAGACGGGUCGCCCAGGGAGCUACUUGGAGGACCGUCAAGCAGUCUGGUGGAGCAAGAAACUAGGAACACGGGUAGCUCCAGCACCACCAAGAGUGGUCAAUCCAUAUCAUCUUCGUCGACAUCGUCGAAGAAAUGGAUCACCGCUGCCAUCUCCUCGGUCACCGCUGCUGUUGCGCCGGCAAUUGCGCAGACCGACGUGCACUCUGUGAUAACGCAGGCCGUUGAGACAGCGCACGCGCAGCUACCGAAAUACCGCAGUCUGCAGAUGCCAGCCAAGGAGGACGCAAAAGAUGUUAAAGAGGAAGCCAAAGAAACUCUCAAAGCCACUGAGGGAAGUGUUGGACCGGCGAUGACAGAUGCUGCCAAAAAGAAAGCCGAGGAAGUAGGGCUCGCUCCCAAGGUUACCUUCGCACACGUUAUGGUUGUUCUUCUUCUUCUAGACGUCAUUGUAGAGAAGCAUUGAUGUAGAGUUGCAUUUAUUGUUCCAGAAUUUCCGAAUUGUUCUACGCAGAAGUAUAUCGAAAACUGAAAAUAUGCGAGUUACUGACUGAAAUACGGCGGGGGGAGGUGGCUACUUAGGCUAGUACUCUUUGUUCUUCAGUAUUUCGGUUAAAUUCUCGGUAAUGACUUGCUUAUUUCAGUUUUUCGUAUAUAUCGAUAACGAUAUACUUGUUUGAGCUACUCUAUCAUGGUACUACUUUGAUCUCGCUAAUCCUCGUGCGACUAGCACCGUGCGUGACGAGAAAGACUUCCUUUUAGUUGCGAAGCGCGUUGCUGUUGAUGUGCGAAUGUGGAUCAGGUUGGACGAUAUUCCCGCAAUGCAACACGCUUUGGGUAGUGAAGAACUGCGCUUAGCUGUACAGCAUCAGGUCGGUGCGAUGCCGUCAAAGGAUUUUAUGGUCUAUUCCUUCAGAGCUCGGAGGACUCCAUAUUUUCAGCAACUUCUAGUUAGAAUUGAUGAUGAUGAGCAGGUGCUCGUGGUUCAGAUGUUUCCACGAUCUCUCGACCUGCUGUGGUUUCAACAUCUGAAGCUGGUGCCAGACACAGGCUUUUGCUUCUCAUCGUCUAACUUGCCAGGCGAUAAGAGGGUGGGGGACUCCGUGGAGCCUGAGCUGCCGCCUUUGCCUGCCAUGCUGCAAGCCAGACUCGAUAGCAGAUCAGCCAAGUUUCCGAGUUUCGCUCCAUGUGCUUUGCCGCGUCUCCUCAGCCUGCAAAGACCUGGCGUGGACUGUCAUCCUGCGCUAGCAGACCACUUCAAGGACACCCUCUACCAAGACUGGGCGCGAUUAGUAGCCUCGAAAGAACGCAAAAGGCACGCUUUAUGCACUUCAGCUUGAAUGUGAAAAAGCGAUUUUGUUGGUCUUAGUUUCUGAUGCUGAUCUUCUCUCCAGCGCAGUCAUGAGCUUCCUUUUGUCAACAUCUACUUCAACUUAAGAAGUACCCCCAAAUUCUUUAUCUUGUUUUUGCUAAAAUAAGUAUAAUGACAUACGUGAUUUCUACGAAUCACAAACAAGGGCUACAGCUACACCUUGAUGUGCUGGUGGUUCCGUGUCCUUCUUGCAGCAGUAGUUCUCAUAUGCCUAUACCUAUGCCUAUUUCCUCCUCAGCUUGCUUAACGACUCCACCGCCUCUUUAAUUUUCGUAGCCGGAGGCAAGUGGAAGGCCAUCUGGGGUAAAGGUCCAUUCGAAAAGGGAAGCAGGUCGACAAGAAACGCAAGUGGUAGGGUGAAUGGGACACGGACGCCAUUUGACUACACUUCCGCUAUCAGCGGUGGAGAGGGUCUACCACAAGGUUUGUUCGAUGCUUACAUCGGCGGCGCAAACUCAAGUAGCAUUAGUAGCACUCCGACACCAAGCGAGUCUAGCUCUAGUUCUUCGGAGGACGACGAUGAUGUUGAACUGCUUGUUCUACAACAUCAAGGAGAGAAGAUAGAUUCGAGAGAUCAACAUCAAGGUAACAAGUCCAGGAAUAACAAAAGUAAGGCCUUCUCGAAAACAAAGAGAUCCUCAACGCACAGUGAUGAAAACGACCUUGCUACAUGGAUGGGUCGGAAGAUCGUUUCCUUUUUCGGAGGGGAGAAACUUCAAACAGCGCCGGCGGACAACAACAAUAUGGAUGAUCCACCGGGCAGCGAAGACGCAGAAGCUGUAUGACUACUAGAAGUAUUAGCAGUGCAGAAGUUGUAUUACUUUUAUACUCUUGUUACACUUACUCAACAGUGUCAGAAAAAUUAUAUGCCUUGCCUUUAGAAGCUCACGUAUAUUGAAUUCGAAAUAUGAUCUUUUGUUGUUAUUAGCUAAAGCUAAUGCUAGUACAAGGAAGUACGCGUCAUUUUCUAUUUUCCGAUUCGUUCGAUCCCUGCUUAUUUCAUGUUUUGUUGCGGAUGUCUUUAGCUCAGUGAAAAGCUCGGUCGAGGAUCGCAGCGGUCAAGAGCAGGAGGAAAGCGAGUCAUCGACCGAUGAAACGGGCCUCCAGAAGGAUGAAAGUACGGUGGUGUCUGGGAAUGGCACCGAUGCUCUGGAAGCUUCCGACAACUCAACUGAUGUGGAAGAGGAAUCCUUCAACGUGACAAAUGACACUGAAGUUAGGGCUAUCCAUCCUCAACAUCAUCCUCAAUAUUCUUGGCUCUUUUUCUACUUGAAAAAGAAGGCAGGAGCUCCGAGGAUUAUAUUCAAUGGCGCAGAAGGACAAGGAGGACGCGAACGCGGUGAUUCAUUCUAACAAAGGCGAUGCUGUUGAGCCUGUUCCGAUGGUCAAUGGCGUCAAUGUGACAGAGGUGCGAGGGACGGCAGGCUCAGCGUCCACACCACAGGCGACAACCACUCCAGUACCUUUCUCAAUGGCGGAGAAGACGAGGAAGAAGAGGAAGAAGAGCCGUAGCACUUCUAGUUUCGCUUUCGAGAGGCAGCAGAUGAAGCUGCAUGAUCUGCAUGGACGUCGAGAUGUUGAUGAUGGUAGUACAACUUCAACUUCUAGCGCACUACCUCCUACAACUGGUGUUCCUUCUAGUACUGCGGAAGGUAAUCGUCCUCACGAGAGCUUGCAAGAUCUCAUUUUUGAGAACCCGCAGGAACUGUACAGUGUGCGGAAUGUGGAUCCAACUAUUCGCGAUAGGUAUUCUUCCAACCUUGCAGCUGAUUCCGAUACACUACGUGUCCUACCGCCAACCCAUCUUUUACGCCAUCUUUUAGCCAAUUUCCACUUGAAAAGUGUUAAAAGAUGUUGCACAAGAUGGGUAGUCGUAAUUGUUGGUACUUCUAAAUACAGCACCAUCUUCCACCUCCGACAAAGGAGGCCGUGGCAUGGCUCCAAAUGCGAUCAGCGCUGAAGAGCCUGGAGGUUUGGUUUGGUGGUUCCUAGGAAGCAUCAAUCGACCUGUUCUGACGGAAAUCCGCAUUCCCUUCGAAGUUCACUACAGCGACAAAUUCAUUGCGGACCUCAAGAUUAAGGCCUCCUCUAAUCCAUCUCUAUACAUCAUAGAAGGGAUGAUCCCUCAAACAACCGUACUAGGCAUGCGCCUUAUUUAAUACAAGGGGGAUACUGACGCAUACGCUUGAGGGAUUUCAACGGGGAUAAAUUAGGAAGAGCGCUAACAAGGAUAAAGACCAAGCAAGCACUUCUGGCAAGAAUGUAGCCGAUACCUGGGAUAUGGUAACACUGAUGGCCGACGUCGAUGUUGAUUUUGAGAACAAGAAACCGAGGAAUAAAGCUAGUUCCAGUAUAGCUACGCCUACAGCUGAAUACAUGAAGACUACUUCUAGGAGUAGGCGAGGACCACAAGCAAUAGUGAAGCAGAGUAAAGGGUCUUCACAGAUGAAGAGGGCUGCACCAACAAGUCACCUGGACCUGCUGGAAUUAGUGGAAAGUGGCACUAGUACUCCAGAAAAAGAAAAACCUAAAACACCACGUCAAGGCAGUGCUCCUGUCGUUGAGAAAACUGCAUUAUCAUCAGGUACACACCAGCGCAGUGUUGAUAAGGAAGAUACCGAGCCAACAUCAUCUUCAGGUGAAGAAAGCACAAAAGUCGUUGCACUCGCUGGCAACACGAAGGACGUCUCGGAAGCUGACAAGAAGAAGGCCAUCAAAGCGGCAACAACUACCUCCUCUUCCCGACCGGAACAGAAGUCAGCACAGCAGCUGCAGCAACUACAACAAGGUGAUGAAGCCAAGCAAGGCAAGAGUGCGGCACCUCCACUUGCAUUAGAUUCUUCUGCAGCAGGCGGCGGCGCUGCUCACGAUGUUGUCUUCACGACUGGACAAGCUGGCUUCUCACUCGCACGCGUGGGCAACAAGCUCCUCGCUGAACUGUCUGCGCUGAACUACGCUAGUGUUGUCGGCGAAGACACGGCUGAUGACGACGAAACUGCUGAAAGGCCUGGCGGUCGAAAAGCUAAUGAGGAUCACUUUUUGUGGCAGCGCGCGUCGGUCCGCAUCCACGAGCCAGCGGGCUUCUGUCCGCCACACACGAUCGAGUACCAGCCGAAAGCAGGUGCCGGCGAGAAGAAGAUUUGCGCCGACUGGGUCUGUCGCUGUCCGGGCAGCGGUAUGCCCGCAGCGGGUGCGAAGUGCCCGCGCGAGGGUGCGUCUGUGUGCGAAGCGUGUCCCCAAGGGUUCGCUUUUGCAGACGAGGAACGGAGCGGCUGCGUACCCAUUCAGCCACUGCUUGAGCGCUACAAGGGCAACAUUCCUUGGUGGAAUAUCGCUCCUGAGGCCUCAUCUUCCUCGACAGGAGACGACGACCUAGACCACAGCUUCGAUGUUGACAUCGACGACGACGACGUUGACUUCGACAUGACCGAUGCAAACGAGGUGGACUCUUCAUCCACCUCCGAGAAGAACGAGGCUGGACAAGUCAAGGCCAAGCACAAGUCCGCGCACCCGUUUAACACCCACGCAUGGGAAAAACCGGAUCGCGAGACCGAGACUCUGAUGAAGCAGGCUGCCCAGGAGAACGCGAAAUUGUGGAAUCCAGUUCCGCUUGAAUUGAACCUAAAGGUCUUCGACAAGCGACCCUUGCAUAUUUAUGGACCGGAGGAGAUGCGUCGCCGGGCUGAACAAGCGGAAGCGCGCGCUUGCAAUGCCACUUGCGAGAAGUGCGAGGAGGAACGGCAGAUAAAAGCCGUGAAGGUGGCCAAGGACAGGCGCGCAGAAUUCGCGGUGCGUGAGCGUGCCUGCGACUACUACCGCAACAGCUAUGGCGACUGCUGCGAGUCGUGCGCGGUGGGCGGCGCCGUCGUGAACACAGUGUCGUGCAUGUCCUGCGUUAUGGGCCGUGACGUCGGAACGCCUGAAGUUUGCUACGUCAUCGGUUCCAAGGAUCCGAAGUUCGCCGACGCGCCAGAAUGUGUUACUAUCGCGUCGAGCGUGGAGCUGAUGCAGCAGUCGAGACAAGCCAAUGAGUGGGCUCCGGAUCCUAGGCUGAGCAAAGCGAGCUUUUCUUAUGAAGAUCCAAAGACUUUUUGAAAGCAACGAGAACGACAGUAGAUUCUACAGUUCUUGUUGUAACUGGAUCUUUAUCGUUAUCGCUUCUUUUUACGACAUUUUUUACAGAUUCUUUACCGACCACCAAGUAGGGCGCAUAUAUAAGUAAUAAUUCUUGUCAUCAUGAUCAUGAUGAAGAUGAAGAAAGCGCUCCAUACCUUCUAAUUCAUCUACGCGAAUCUGACAUUGCAAUAUCGCAUGUGGAAACCGCUUUCGGGGGUUGCGAAGGGCGUGCUUAUCGGCCUCGGUGGCCGCAGCAUGUUGGAGGCCGAUGACGAGCUGAAUUUCUGUGGGAGGCAUGGUGAUUAAGGGUUUCCGAAUUGCACUCCUCAAUACCAUCCCUGGCCCUUUUCUUAGUAGAAAAGAAGCCGGGGAACUUUUGAGGACUGUAAUUCCGUAACCUCUAAGGUGAGGCUUUGAACGCCACCCUGCUAUCUCACUCCCUCGACAUGAUCGUCAUCUGCCCUAUUCCGAGAACCUAUCCAUUACCAGGCAACACAGGGAUAUUCGAGAAAACGUCGUGCUGGGAAGGCUUCCGGAAAGAAGCGCCAGGUGUUGAGAGCUUCGUAAAUGGCUUGCACUUGCCUUUUCGCAAGUAUCCAACAUUCUGUUGCUCUCGUCUACUUCAAUUUCAAAAUCACGGGGAAAAGCAUUGUCAUCAAUUCUCCUGUUUCAGGUUUGUGCCACAGCGGCGGGUACGCGAUGACACCUGCGAACGGACACCAACCGAAGCCCGAUAAUGGACCCCAGGACGCAGAGUGGCUUGGUGAGUUCUUGUUUGAACUGAAAAGUGUCUAUCGCGGUGUUCCGUUUUUUGUGUUGGGCUACUCCGGUGGCAGUGCCGUUACGUACCAGUUAGCCUGUAGCAAGUAUGCCAGUGCAAUUGCAGGCAUCAUUUCGGUUGCAUAUCUUAAGGCUUCGUUUAAUCCAUCUGCAGAAGCAUCCUUCCAGGAAGGAGAAAACAAGGAGACGUUGACGCUUUCAAAGGGAUUUCAAACGGGGGUCUCGGGAUAGUCUUCAUCUUCUUUUUCUAAAUGAAGAGGGAAAUGGACGUGGAUAUUCAUUAUAGAUACUCAUAAGAGAAAGGGUGACUGAGCUCCAAUACCUCUAUCUAACUAUACUUUCUAUGACCCUUUCUAUGGCUGGCAAGAAACCGAGGCACCUCCGGACAUAGACGGCGUGGGGAGGUUGGAUCCGAUGUGCAAGAACGUCAUCACUUCCAGUUCAGAAACCCAUACUCCAUUACUGCCUGGGAAAAAUCAGGUGGCUACACUGGUAGACAGAACAGCAGGAAGGACUAAUAUCAAAGCACAGAAUCGUCGUGGGGCAGGAGACGACAGCAGUACAACUUCUAGAAGUGCCUCAAGUGCUACUUCUAGGACAGGACCUAGCACUCCAACGUCGACUCUUCGACGUACCCACUCAGCGGAUACAAUUACAAAUGGAGCCAACAAGAGGAGCACUGCGGAACUGCAGGGCGAGGCGGUCAUCCGAAAGGAAGACCAGGAAGCUAUUACGGGAGGCGCAGCCGCCAACACGGCAGGCCACGGGGUGACUAGUGGCUUCUACUUCGAGGACGAUAUGCGAGGCGUACUGGAGGAAGAAACUACCGCUGAGGACUUAAAGUUCCGCAGAAGCACUUCGGAACAAGAAAACAGACAAGUCGCCGUCGCGCCAGAAAUCUUAAGGCGUAAAAAAGUAAGUAGAAUGGGCAUCAUUUUUACCUCACGAUGAAACCGAUGCACGCUUCUUGUAAAGACAGAAAAACAUCGUCAUGGUCAUCAUAAUCAUUCUAAUGCUAUAACUAAGUACAACAGGCAUGAUAACCAUCUUGACGAACCCUACCCCGCACGAACUCUCUAAAGAUCGUUGACGGCGCACAGCUUUAUGCGGAUGCGGAGCCGAUUCAAAUCGUGAAGCCUCCAAGGCAUUUCGUCCUCUACGGAUCUUUCGAUACCGCGAUGAACUUGAUGAAUGUUGCGGUGCCCCGAUUUGGCCAUUACUUUAUGGGUUAAAAAUCAUGUGGAGGUGAGCCUGGUCAACCGAGAAGGACUUCUUGAACUUUUGCGUACUAGUAGUAGUAGAAGCAGGUCGCUUUUCAAUCCUUCUGGAUCAAUACCUAUUUCCUGCCCGCGUUGAUGCAGAAAUACUGCUCUCUGCUCACACCCUCUUCGUCGUGAAGUUCUCUUCGAUUACUUAGUACCAUUCUUUACCAGCUGUAGGUCUAGGAGCUCUUCUAACUUUUCUACUCAUUCCAGUAUGCUGUGUGACGCGUCGCAAUUUCAUGCUGCUAGUCCGGUUUUUGAGAUGGAGAAAGCCGCCGCCCUGAAUGAGUAUGACCAGACGCACUUGGUGUGUUCGGAUUUUGUGAAUGCCACGAGUCCGAUGUUCGAGGAGCUAAAGGCAACGGCAAAAAUGAAGUCGACGAUUAGUGGCGUCGAGCACCAUGUCGAUCCAGACCUCGUGUUUGCCGAUGCCGCACCAGUAACCGCGGUUGAGAAAUCCUAUCAACUGCUGGAAGAGCAACGAAAGGCACGAUCACUACAAGGGGAACUUGUAACCGAUAUCGAACAUAACGACGAGCCUACAUCAUCAAUACAAACAUCAUCUUCAUCAACAUCAAGGGAGAACGUCGUGGCACUACUUCAACUUGACGGCAUGCGUGUGGCCGCGUCGAAUGCGGAACAUGCUACUAAAACAACUAGAAGAACAAGUGCUGGCAGUAGUCUUACAAGAACGGGUGGCACCUCCGGCGGCUCCGCUAGAACCUCUAUUAAGAUUUCCCGGAAUCCAUGGUGACCAUCUUCAGAAGCAUCUUGGGGCACCCCUGUAAGGGAAAAGAGACCCAAGAUGACUCGCAAGAUGUACUAUUCCAGGAAGAUCUAAAUCUAGUACUUCUUCGUCAUCAAGCAUAAGUGGAAAAGGGGACUCUUCGAAGAUAACAUGUCCAUCGCGCAUCUGUCGUUUCGGGUCAGCACCAGACUACGCCACUCAGCAUCAACCGGCAUUAGCAACGAAAGCCGCCUUUCGUUAUGGCUCUACUACAAACUACGUGUUGUUCUUCCUGUUGGUGGCCGCCUGAUGUUGAGAUUGAGACAGAUAUAAGAAGUGAGAAGUGAGUUGUAUCAUCAUGAUGACUUUUUGAUCCCGCCUCUCUCAGUACUGAUAAAUCAUAAUCAUGAGCUCAAAUCAUGGACGUGAUGGUGAUUGAAUUUUUCACUUUGACUUUGUUGUUUUUUGUUGCUUGUUCAUCGCCGUCCUCGUGCUCCACUUUACUGAAAAAGGCUCUUCUAAUUUCUUGGCAUCGAUUACUUCGUGAAUACUCUGCGGUUGUUUGGCGGUACGUUUGCGCUUUCUGCAGAGGAAUUCAAAGACUUGGACAUGUCACACAUUGAGCGCCAGGCUACGGCGAGGUAGGUGCUUUAUAUUGGCAAGGGGAGGAGGAAGGAUGCCAAGAAGGGUGUCAAAAUAUUGUAGUACAUGUUGUAGACUUCGACUUCUAUUUGGAGUGAUGAAUUAGAUUUAGAGGCAGAGCAAUACUUUGACGAGUUCGAAAAAGAGGAAUUGAAGUGAUAAUGAUUUCUUACACUUGCGGCCACGACUUUGUUUACAUCUACUUUCUUUGUCCUCCAUGAUAUUUUCUUCCAAACUUAAUACACGAAGGACAUUAAGAACGACAACUGUUUACGAUCGAAAUUUCGAAAGAAUGAUCAAGUUGUAGAGGAAUUCCAAGAAUUCUCUGUACGCUAGACAUUCAACAUCUUAUUCUUAAUCCAUUCAAUUGCAAUUGACUUGUUCACAACGGAUUGUAUUCCUACUCAUCACAUGGUAUCAAUUUGAUUCAAACAAGUAUUAUCGGAAUCCUAUCUAGUAUCUGAUUACUUAUCUGUCAAUUUUUUUAGCACUCGCAUGCCGUCAAGAAAUGACGAGGAAUGUGCUUGUGGUUCUGUGUCAUUUCCUUUCGUAUCCUUGAAGCUUAGAAAUAGCAAAAUAGUAUCCAAAUAGGUUCAUAUUCACAAAUCUCAAAAACCACGAAGCAAGCGUACGCAGGCAGUUCCGACUGUUUGCAAGGACUGAAAAGUAGUUUGAAAUUGAAAAUUAACUCUUGUUUGACAUCGUGAUCGUGAAUUAAUAGUUGUAGCAUUCCACCGCUUCUAGUAGAAAAAGUAGCAUACUCAUUGCGAUAAGUACGCUACUACACUCAAAAAUAGUCUUUUUAGAAACACAGCUACGAAGCUGCAUCGAGCGCCGAGCGCAUGAAGAAGGGACGACGACCUGAGUAGCCCUGCGGCCCCUACUUACCACGUUUUUAAACUUUCUGGUAGUCAGAUGCCGAAGAUACACAAUCUCAUCAUCUGAAAAGACUUCUUCAUCAUCAACAUAUUUAUAGUCUCAUUGCCAAUCAUCAAGAUUUAGUAGACACAUGUACUGAGAUUCUAGUUCUACUUAUCCGCAUGCGGGGUCGAGACUUAUGAUUAUACUUCUAUGCAUGAUUCAUCACGAUGUUGUGCGGCAUGGCAGCUGUCAUCAGUAGUCGGUAGAACCCAUAAAAGAAUGAACAACACUUUUUCGUAGAAUUAUUGUCGGGUGCAGUGGCCCGUUUCAAAGAUCUUCAUCCGCAUACUCAGCUAAUCCGCUCCAGAUUCUUCUUCAUAGUUUGAGUUUGAGUUUGUCAUAUGUACUAAAUGUAAAUUUUUUCUACUUGCAUUAUACUUAUAGGAGCGAAUGCAUAGGACUUCUGCUUUUGCGGUCAGCCGCAUCGGCUGAUGGAGGUGCACCAUCCAUGAAGGACAGCUAGCAACUCGAAAACGACUGAUCCACAUGAGCAUAGCAUGCCGGAUGAGCGAAAUAAAGCAUAUAAAUGUGGGCAUGUACAGGAGUUGCUUUUUGGGAAGAGAAGCAGGGCACGAGGGAGUGGCUGCAAUUGCAUACAACUAGUUUUUACACACUCCAUAUUCAAUAUUAUACCUCUUGAGCAUACUGUCUUCUCGCCUACAUAUAAAAAAUGUAUUUGUUUUCACUUAGUAAAUCUAAAUUAUGAACAAUACUAGAUCUCUGAAUAUCAUCAUCUUCACUUUACAGGCAGGUACCAAGAUAAACUCUCUGGCAUUUAAUGGAGCCAACACUUGCAGGUUCUCGGCCUAAAAUCCCGACCUCAAAUAGACAGAAAAUUGCUAUUCCAACAUACGAACUUGACGCGUCCAACAGAGAUCAUUGAUGCCAUGAUUUGUCGUCAUUCGACUGCUUCCGAAAGAGUCGGUCUGGCACCUGAUUCAAAUCCUUCUGCGUCGUGCUCAAAAGAUCAACAUAUUCAACAUAUAGUGAAAGAUCGUAUAGUCACCGAAUAUUUUUUAUUGAAUUCCGUAAUGAAGAUCCACAUUCUGCUUGAA